ACACGUCAAAGUUCCGUGACAAGAUCGAAUUUCGUAAACAUUGCGUCGGGGCGCUGUUGUCUUCCAUACAACUGUCUCUACUGAAUAUUUACUAAACAUUUACUAAACAUUAAGCGAUUUUCUGCAUGCGUAGGUCACGUGUGAGGCGUUUUAACGCGUUCUAGCGCGUUGUCUGCAGUGUCCGCGGAAGGAGGCGUGACUCCCGCGUUUACUGUUACAUUGUGACACCCGAGUUCAUUCAGAUACAGAUCAGACCAGACCGACACUCGCCAGACCAGUCUGAGGUGGAGACGGAAGUAAAAUGAGUGCAAGCUCUCUUACACAGACUGAAGCCCGCAGUGAGUGUUGCGAGCCGCGCGUGUGGAGCUGCAAACCCCCGCGGAUCGAGCCGAGCAGCGCAGCCGCCUCAGUGAGACUCUACAGCGGACUGAUGGAGCCCCGAGCGCCGCUGUUCAGACAGCUCUUUGAGUCUGAGAGCAGCACGUACACAUACCUGCUGGCGGAUGCUGACAGCCGAGAGGCCGUUCUGAUCGAUCCGGUGCUGGAGACGGUGGACAGAGAUCUGCAGCUCAUCAAUGACCUGGGCCUGACGCUCAAAGUGGCCUGUAAGCAUCUCUUUUAUGUUUAUUAGUUUAAAGUUUAGGAGAUGUAGGGCUGGCCAGAAUUUAUAUCACAAUAUAAUUCUUAAUUUUGGUCGAUAAAAUAUAAUGCUGAUAUUAAUAUGAACAAUAUUUUUUUUUUUUUAAAUCUGCCAAGAGCACCAGUAAAGGAUGUCUUUGUUGUCUAU